AUGCGCUUCGGCAAGACCCUCACCGAUUCCAUCUAUCCACCAUGGAAAGACAAGUACCUCGAGUACGACAAGAUCAAAAAGCUCCUCCGUGAAGAUGAGACCUCCCCACAAGGCCGUGGCGGCGAAGGCAGCUGGACUGAACAAGAUGAAGAAAAUUUCGUCCAUGAGCUAACCGUGACCCAACUGGAAAAGGUCCACCAGCACCAGGUCGACACCUUCAACUCGUUGCGAGACCGAACUGCUGCCUGCGAGGCUAAGCUCCCCUCUACCGAAGGUGAAGAUGCAGGGAAAUCCGAGGAAGAAUAUAAAGCUGUGGCAAAAGAACUACUCCCUGAGCUUGACAGCAUCUCCAAGGAGCUCAAUGAGCUUAGGAAGUUCAGCAGGCUCAAUUACACUGGGUUCCUCAAAGCUGCAAAGAAACACGACAGAAAGAGAGGCCUCAAGUACAGAGUCCGUCCCAUACUACAAGUUCGUCUUUCCCAGAUGCCUUUCAACCAGGAGGACUACUCGCCUUUGCUCUUCCGCCUGUCGACCAUGUAUAGCUGGGCUCGCCAGAAGCUCGAGGGAGAGCAGGCUGGCAAGGAAGCAGACACUGAUGUCCGACCGAAAGACGAAUACAAGGCCUUCAAAUAUUGGGUUCAUGUGGACAACCUCCUGGAAGUCAAGACCUACCUGCUGCGUCGCCUGCCUGUCUUGGUCUACAAUCCUCAAUCCGUCAAGGUGGUUGAUUCGUCUCAAAAGGACCCGACAAUCACCUCGAUCUACUUCGACAAUCAAAACUUCGACCUCUACCAGGGUAAGGUCGAGAAAGGCACCGGUGGCGCGUCCCUUCGGGUCAGGUGGGCAGGCCAACUGCUUGAUGAGUCUGAGGUUGUCCUUGAGAAGAAGUUCGUCGACGAGGAAACAACCGACAGUAGCGACAUCAGAAUUCAGCUGAAGCCCAAAUAUCUCUUACCUUUCCUCAAGGGCGAAUACAAGAUGGAAAAACAGAUCAAGAGGCUCGAGGAACUGCUCGGACCUCAUCAUGAGGAUGUCAAGGCGUUCAGGGCCAAUGUCGAUGAGAUCCAAUCAUUUGUCAAGGAGAAGGAUCUCGAGCCAGUUCUUCGAGCAAGCUAUACUCGUACUGCUUUCCAAAUCCCCGGAGACGACAGGAUCCGAGUGUCGCUCGACACCGAUCUCGCCUUCAUCCGAGAGGACGCAAUGGAUCCUGACCGGCCAUGUCGAGACCCAGAUGAUUGGCAUCGGUCUGAUAUCGACCAGAACAAGAUGGAGUACCCGUUUACAGCCAUUAAGAAAGGGGAGAUCAGCCGCUUUCCCCACGCCGUACUUGAGAUCAAGAUCAAAGAAUCCAAGUAUACUAGGAAUAAUACAUGGCUUAACGACUUGAUGAACUCACACCUGGUCAAGGAAGAGAAAAGGUUCUCUAAAUUUGUCCAUGGUGUGGCUGAGCUUUUUGAAGACUACGUUAACAGUUUCCCGUUCUGGCUGAGUGACCUCGAGACAGACAUCAGAAGAGACCCGGUCACAGCCUAUCAAGAGGAACAACAAAAGGAGGCUAAAAAGGCAGAAGAUGAAAUGGCUGUGGGGAGCUUCAUUGCAGGGUCCAGGAUGACACCCAAAGGAAAGUCAGCUUCUUUCCCAGAGAGGAGACUCUCCAGUCAGCUCUCCCAGUCUGUUCAAUCCCAAUUACGCAGCAGGCCUGAGCCGCAGCUGGAAACUACCGCUGAGGAACGGGAUACCGACGAGGAGGGUGUUCACCCUCCCGAAGAGGUAGAGGUUCAAGACUCUUCCAGGGGUGGCAUCCGAUCCUUUCUUCCCGCUUUCUCCAAUUCUCGUUACGCUCGACGUCACCGCGAAGGCAAAGGCGCCUGGGAAAAUGCCCCGCUUCCGCCUGGCGUCAAGGAACCGAGUUUUUGGAUCAAAGACCAGGGUGACCUGAAGGUCGAAGCCAAAGUCUGGCUUGCUAAUCAGCGAACAUUCAUCAAGUGGCAGCACAUUGCAGUCCUCCUGGCCACCCUCUCCCUAGGUCUGUACAAUGCUGCAGGUGUUGAUAACAACAUUGCUCGCAUCCUCGCUGUUGUGUAUACCUGCUUCGCGAUCUUUGCAGGAGUAUGGGGAUGGUAUGUGUAUAUGUGGCGUACAAAGUUGAUCACAGAACGAAGCGGAAAGGACUUUGACAACCCCAUUGGGCCAUUCAUUGUCACCAUUGGUUUGGCCGUCGCUUUGAUCUUGAACUUUGCUUUCAAAUACCGUGCAGCCGUACAGGGUAACAACCCAAACACGGGUAAUGGCACGGCUGGUCCCUCGAUGACCGUGGCGUUGCUGACGCCAAAACUGCAACUCCCUCAGGCGACGGCUACUGGAAUCCUCGUGCAGGAGCUUUAG